UAGCUUACUACACAGCACUGUCAUACCGCCGUACCGCACGUGUUCCUUUUGUUUAUGCGCGAUAUUUUAUUUUAAAAUGCAGUAAUGUUUGUCAACGAAGUGAACGAUGUGAAAAUCUAUAACCUGAGCGCCGGCAAGUCGGUGCCAGAUUGGCUCACCGAUCGCCGCAAGCGCUCACAGCUGAUGAAGAAGGUGGAUUCGAGGCGACAGAUCGAGCUCAUCCAAGACUUCGAUAUGCCCGGCGUUUGUACAAGCAUACGUAUGAGCCCCGAUCAACAGUUUAUACUGGCCACAGGCACAUAUAAACCACGUGUCAAAUGCUUUGAAGUUAGCAAUCUGUCCAUCAAAUUUGAGCGCUGUUUCGACUCGGAGGUUACGACAUUCGAGGUGAUCAGCGAUGAUUACAGCAAGAUGGUGUUUCUGCAAUGCGAUCGCUACAUCGAAAUCCAUGCAGCACAUGGACGUCACUACAGAUUGCGCAUACCUCGCUUUGGACGUGAUAUGAAGUACCAUAAGCCCAGUUGCGAUAUGUUCAUUGUGGGUGUGGGCAGAGACAUCUAUCGUCUUAAUCUGGAGCGUGGACAAUUCUUACAGCCGUAUGAAUCGGAUGCUAGUUGCCUUAAUGCUUGCGAAGUAAAUCCUGAGCAUCAGCUUCUAACUGUGGGCAGCAAAGAAGGAACUGUUGAGGCAUGGGAUCCACGCACAAAACAGCGUUGUGCCAUUUUGGAUGUGGCCAUGAAACUGCCGGGUGUAAAAGUGUUUCCGUCGGUCACAGCGCUUAAAUAUCGCAAUGGUCUACAAAUGGCUGUUGGCACUGCUUCUGGACAUGUGCUACUCUAUGAUAUACGUUCCCGCCAGCCAUUAUUAAUCAAAGAUCAUCUAAAUAAGGUGCCUAUCAAGCGGCUGGCAUUCAAUCCAUCCCAAAAUGCCGUCUAUAGUUUGGACGAGGCCACGUUGAAACUGUGGGAUGAGCAGACCGGAAAACAAAUUGCCUAUGUAGAGUCGACAUCAUCGUUCAACGACUUUUGCACCAUACCCGAUACAGGCAUGUUCUUUUUGGCGCAGGAAGAUGUUAAAAUGAUGACAUACUACGUGCCUGCUAUGGGCCCAGCGCCGCGUUGGUGCAGCUUCUUGGACAAUCUAACCGAGGAAAUUGAAUCGGAGGUUGUGGAGAAUGUCUACGAUGAUUAUCAAUUUAUCACACAAAAGGAACUUGCUGAACUGGGCCUGGAACAUCUCAUUGGCAGCAAUCUGCUCAAGGGCUAUAUGCAUGGAUACUUUAUGGACGCGCGUCUGUAUAACAAAGCCAAAGCUGUGGUCGAGCCAUUCGCCUUCGAUCGCUUCCGCAAGGAGAAAGUGCGGCAGGAGAUUGAAAGUGAGCGGAAAUCACGUCUCCAAAUUGAAUCUAAACUGCCAAAGGUUAACAAGGAGCUGGCACUUAAGAUUAUGGAUGAGCAAGCGAAUCCCUCGAACAGCGCCAAGCAACGCAAUAUGCCCAGUUUGCUACAGGAUACACGUUUCAAGGCCAUGUUCGAGAACACCGACUUUGCGGUUAACAAAGAGGCCGAGGAAUAUCGACUGCUCGCACCUGUGCUCAAUCGCUUGGACAAGUCCAAGGCAAAGGCCAUUAAGCAGCGUAUUGAAGUGGCACACGUUGCAGAGCUGCACGCCGAGGAGGCGCAAACCCGAGAGGAUAGCGACAAUGAUGAAGAUCUGUUUGGUUUCGAAAAGAGUGAUGGGGACAGCGAGGCGAGCAGCGGCGAUGAAGCCUCCUCAGAUGAUGAGGAUAGGCGCGAGUACGUGAAGGAAAUGAAGCAGGCAUACAAACAGGUCAAACAGCAGCGUGAAGAUGAGGAAGAAGCAGAGCAAGAGGAUGAAGAGCCCGAUGGCCCAGAUGAUUAUGCGGCGCCAAUAGCAAACGGAAAUAGACAACAGGUACCAAGCAAUAGCACACACUUCAAGCUAACGCCGCUGGACAAACAUCGGGGCAACAGCGAGGUGGAGCAGCGCAUCAAACAGGCCAGUCUCCAGGAUCGCAUUCGCGUAAUGUCCAGCCUGGAGGGCAAUGUAACAAAUGUGGGCCGCUCACUGGGCAAUCGCCAGAUGACCUUUGAAGUGAACAAAGAAAAGAAAUCCCAAUACAUGGCAAAGAAACGUGAAGCAGAGCUGAAAAAGCAUCGAGACGAACGCCGCGGCAUAGUGAGAAACAUCAAGUCCCUAAGAUUGAAGAAGGUUAAUUUUAAGUAGGAGA